AGGGGGGGGGGGGGAUAAGGAGAAGAGAUGGAGCCCAAGCAUAAAGAGUUGUUAGAGAAAUGUUACCAGAACUUGGUGGAGUCGAUAACAGAUGCGGACCGACUUGUGGAUGUUUUGGCUCACUGUGGGACCCUGAGCCAGUCUGAGUGCUUCGAGCUGGGACACAACUGCGCCUCAAACUCGGAAAAAGUGGACCUCCUUCUGAAGAUACUGAUGAGUAAGGACAGAGACCAUUUCGCAGAGUUUUGCUCGGCUCUGGAGAAGACUCACCCUCACCUGCACUCUGCGCUGCUGAACGGCGUCGGACCGGUGGAUCACACAACCGGAUCCACUUACAGCAUCUUGUCGACCAUGCCGUCCGACUCGGAGAGCAGCAGCUCCCUCAGCAGCUUAGGUACGCCCGGUCAAGCCUCCUCCCCUCCGCCCGCUCAUAUGGACAGCCACCAGGUGAACGAGAAGAUGGAGACGGUCCUGUUCCAGCUGCGGCACGUGACCCGCGAGCGGGACGAGCUCCGCAAACGCCUUGCUCUCUCCUCACCCGGAACCACCUUCGAUGACUGCAGACCAAGCUUAAAAGCGGGUCAUGACUACGAGCGCCUGAAGCUGCAGUGCAUGAAGGCGAUGGCGGACCUGCAGUCCCUGCAGAACCAGCACAGCACCACCCUGAAGAGGUGCGAGGAGGCUGUGAAGAAAGCCGACUUCUACCACACGCUGCAAAGCCGUCUGGUGAGUGAGCAGGCUCAGCUGAAAGAGGAGCUGGAGGCGGUGCGACAGGACAACAUCCAGCUGGUCAGAGAGCACAACCAUGUGAAGCAGGCCUGCGAGGAGCUGAGGAGGCUGCAUGAGGACGACCAGAGGGAGUUGGCUGACAUGAGGAUGCUGCAUCAACAGGUGAUGAGAGAGGGCUCGCCUGACGUCCUCAACAAGCUGUACGACUCGGCCGUGGACAAGCUGGAGGCCAUGAAGAGCGACUACGAGGUCCUGAGGAAGCGCUACAAUGAGAAUACGGCCGGUCACAACGCAGACCUGAGUCGUCUCGACCAGGCCGAGGAGGAGAACCACCGUCUGCAGAAACAGCUGGACAUGCUGCUGAAGCAGAGAGACGCCGCCAUCCACUAUCAGCAGCAGUACUCCUCGUCUAUAAGAAGGUUUGACAACACGCAGCAGGAGCUCUCCAAGGCCGCAUCCCAGAACAAGGAGCUGCAGCGAGAGAUGGAGCGGCUGCAGUCGGAGGCGACGCGGCUGAAGACGCAGCAGCUCAAGGCGGUAAAAGACUCUGAGAAAUACAAGGAGGAGCGGGACUCUGUGAUCAACGAGUAUCGCCUGAUCAUGAGCGAGCGGGACCAGGUGAUCAAAGAGGUGGACCGGCUGCAGACCGGGCUCGAGGUCGCAGAGGCAAAGCUGAAGAACACCUCCUCAGAGAGACAGGUGGCCAACGAGGAGCUGGAGGCUCUCAGACAGGAGCUGGCCUCGGCGCUUGUGGACAGAGAUCGAGCCAUCUGCGAGAAGAACGAGCUGCUGGAGAAAUACUGCCACGAGGUGAAGGACAAGGCUGAAGCGAAGAAGGAGCUGAGCCAGGCCUGCAAGGACAUCGAGACGGUACGCGAGGAGAGGGACGUGGCCCGCACGGAGAGGACGGAGGCCAUCAUCCAGCGGGACCAGCUGCUGCGAGAGUAUUACCAGGCCAGACAGAAACAAGACUCGGCCACUCUGGACAUGGAGCGAGCCAACAAAGAGAUCGACAUGCUGAGGAAGCAGUACGAGGCCAUCUCUCAGGAGCUGAAGGAGGCCCUGCAGGAGGCAGAGGUGGCCAAGUGUCGCCGGGACUGGGCCUUCCAGGAGAGGGACAAGAUAGUGGCAGAGCGGGAGAGCAUACGCACGUUAUGUGACAACCUGAGGCGAGAGAGGGACAGAGCUGUGAGCGAUCUGGCAGACGCUCUGAGGAAUCUGGAUGACAUGAGGAAGCAGAAGAACGACGCUGUGCGGGAACUCAAAGAACUAAAAGAGAAGAUGGAGGACCAGUUAGAAAAGGAGGCCAGGUUUCGUCAGCUGAUGUCCCACAGCUCUCAUGAUUCAGCCAUCGACACAGACUCAAUGGAGUGGGAGACAGAAGUUGUGGAAAUUGAAACGCACAGAGACAUGGACUUGAAAGCACUUGGGUUUGAUAUCGCUGAAGGGGUAAAUGAUCCUUAUUUACCAGGAGAUUGUGGCAUAUUUGUCAGUAAGGUGGAUAAAGGAAGUAUUGCUGAGGGAAGAUUAAGGGUUAACGAUUGGUUGUUGAAAAUAAAUGAUGUGGACCUGACCAAUAAGGACAGGAAGCAGGUGAUCAAAGCGGUGCUGAGCGGCGAGGGAGUGAUCAACAUGGUGGUCCGCAGGAGGAAGUCACUGGGAGGACGAGUCAUCACUCCCAUCCAGAUAAACCUGAGCGGACACAAAGACUGUGGCAUCGGGCUGGAAGGCGGAGUGUUUGUUGCCUCUUUGGCUCCAGGAAGUCCAGCUGCCAGAGACUGUGCUCUGACUGUGGGGGACAGACUGUUAGCUAUCAAUGGAAUUGCCCUCGAUAACAAGUCGCUCUCUGAAUGUGAGUCUCUGCUGAGGAACUGCCAGGAUUCUCUGAGCGUCUCCCUCAUGAAGUUCCUGCCACAGAGCUGCUCUGGCCAGAGUUUGGUCGAAAGUUUGAGGGACUCUGAAAAGAUCUCUCGUCUACAACCCUGUGAGAUCCACUCCAGGAACUGCAGGAACUCCAAGCACAACUGCCCCAAGCACAGCUGCCCCAAGCACAACUGCUCGACACAAACGGAGACCUGCAGCUGUGACUUGGGCGGCAGGGGGGAAGAGGCGUGUAAAGACAUGGGAAACCCCCUGGAAAGCAGCGGCAGCAGCGCUCACUGCCACAACAAACCUUUUUCCAACAGCUCUCUACACUCCCGCUCUCUCUCCUCACACAGCCCCUCCGAGCCCCACCCAGACUUCUGCUACAUGCGGCAGGAGCUCCACCAUCGCCCCUUUACCUUCACCCCGGUGUUCUCCAACUGCAGCUCUCCUCAGGCCCCCGUGGAGCACGUGCAUAGCCCCCCGGUGAAGCCAAGCGGAGGCACGUGGCCUAAAGUCUUAGCAGGAGCGUCGAAUCCAGAGUGCGCACAGCUCUCCAUCUACAAAAAAGUCAAACAGAGGAAAUCCAUCUUUGAUGUGACCGCCUUCAGGAGACCCGAGGUGCCCCCAAAACUAGACUACAUGUCUCUGUCUCAGAUGCCAAAACACUCGCCGCAGAGUUCAGUAUCGGAAUCUGGCCAGACUCCUCCCACCCCGCCGACCAGGAGCGACUCUUUCAGGUUCAAACACCGGCAGCAGAACAGCUCAGCGUCUGAUUCCACCAUCACCACCGGCACUCCUCCGGCCUCACCGGCUCAAGCUAAGAGCCCACAGGUGGAAGGAGAGCCCGGGAACCAGUUUUAUUUCACCCACGCUCCUCCAGGAGAGACUAAGAGUGGCGCUAAGAAACCCGCCGAGGUGGAGGGGGGUCAACACAGAGCAGGGGAGCCGCCGAAGAGGAGGUACCGGCCGAAAUCUGCUCCAGCACUGCGGCGAAAUGUGACUCCGUUACACAUCCCUGUUCCAAUGCAGGUUCAGAGUUUCUCAAACGAUGAGCACUCCCCAGAGCCAAUGGACUUGUUACGCUUCUCUCCUUUGAGAACUAAUCGGUACAGCAUGAACUUUGCACCUCCCAGCUACAACAGCAUCGCAGGACACCCAGCACAGCGAGGUCUAGCCCCGUGUCCGGCUGUGACGGCUGUGAUGAGGAACCCGGUCUACACCGCCUGGAGCCACGAGAUCCAGAACAACAACAACUGCCCUCCAGCUCCCGGCUCAGGGGUCCACCAGCAAGCGCACGCAAGCCCCCAGCAUCAAGGUCGCCACAGUCUGGACCUAAGCCACAAGCGCACUGGAGACUCAGCUGAGACGAGCUGCAGCCAACCACCACACAGCACCAACUCGCUGCCCUCUAGUGCCAGACUGGGAUCUUCCAGUACGUUACAGUUUCGUGCAGAGCGCAUUAAGAUCCCUCCAGCUCGUUAUCCUCGCUCCACUGGAUCUGACAGAGGGUCCCUCUCGCAUUCAGAGUGUAGUAGCCCGACGCCUCCAAUGUCCCCCAUCAACCUGGAGACAUCAUCUUUCACCAGCAGCCAAUCGCAGAGCUCCAUCUCCACCCAGCCCAGGAUAUCAGUCAGCCCCGCUCCAGUUGGCGACAGGCGGAAGGAUGGAUGUGUCUCUUAUAACUCUUCCUCUGUCAGACUUCCACUGGCAGUAAAGCCACAGUUCCUCUCUUUAAGAUGCCUGAGGCCGUAUUUGGAGGAGCCACGCAAUGUGACCGUCCAGAAAGGAGCAGAACCUCUGGGGAUCUCCAUUGUGAGCGGUGAGAACGGGGGAGUGUUUGUGUCCAAAGUGACGGCGGGCAGCAUCGCUCACCAAGCUCGUUUAGAGUACGGAGACCAGCUCCUCGAGUUUAACGGAAUCAACCUACGCAAUGCCAACGAGCAGCAGGCCCGGCUGGUGAUUGGGCAGCAGUGUGAUACAGUCACUAUUCUGGCUCAGUACAAUCCUCACAUGUUCCAGCUGGGAAACCACUCACGAUCAGGUUCUCGUAUGGAGUCCAUCAGCAACCAUCCGAUUUUCCAUGGCAGUGGAGCCACGACCCCGGACAAUCACGCGGAUACACUGAGCGAGCAGGACGAGGGAACCAUGACGCCGCCGUCGAAACAGACGACUCCCGCCACCAGCCCUCACAGCUCCUUCAGACUUCCAGGUUCAGGUUCACAUCGCGCUGCAGAGCAUCGCCUGGUGAGGCUGAAGAGGAUCCAGGCGGAGCUGGGAGUUCAGAUCUGUGGAGGAAACCUGCACGGCAUCUUUGUGGAGAGUCUGGAUGAGGACAGCCCCGCUAAGGAUCCUGACGGCCUCAUACCUGGAGACAUGAUACUGGAGUACAAUGGUGUCAGCAUGAAGAACAAAUCUAAAGAAGAGGCUUACCUGGAACUGUUGAAACCUGCAGAAACAAUCACCUUCAAGGUCCAGAACUGCGUCAACAGCCUCCCUGCCAUCAAAGACACACACGGAGAUGGAUUUUACAUAAGAGCACUUUAUGAGCGUGUGGCGGAGGUAGAGCAGGAGCUGGGCUUUAACAAAGACGACAUUCUGUAUGUAGAAGAUACGCUACCAAACGGCAACUUUGGCUUCUGGAUGGCCUGGCAACUGGACGAGAAUGCACAGAAACUGGGGAAAGGGCAGAUUCCAAGUAAAUAUAUGAUGGAUCAGGAGUUCUACAGGCGACACAGCUCUGCCGAUAUAAAAGACGAUAACGGUACCGGUAAGACUCUGUCGGCAGCUGCACGCAGGUCUUUCUUCCGACGAAGGUUGAAGCACAAACGAAACGGCUCUAAAGACGGGAAGGACCUGAUGGCUCUGGAUGCCAUCAGCACGGAUUCCUUACCCAUCACAGAGGACGGAGUGAGCCUGAUGUACCAGCGGGUUCAGAGGGUGGAGUGCUCGUCCCCCAGACCAGUGCUGGUUCUGGGUCCGUUAGUGGAGGCUAGUAAGGACAUGCUGGUGAAGGAGGCUCCUGACAAGUUCUGCCGCUGUCUGCCUGAGAUCAUGAAGGCAUCUCAGCAGGCUAUAGAGCGCGGAGUGAAGGACUGUGUGUUCAUCGACUACAAACGCAGGAGCGGCCAUUUUGAUGUGACGACGGUUGCAUCAAUCAAAGAGAUCACAGAGAAGGACAGUCACUGUUUACUUGACAUUGCCCCUCAUGCCAUCGAACGUCUCCACAGCGUUCACAUCUACCCAAUCGUCAUCUUCAUUCGCUACAAAAACGCCAAGCAGAUAAAAGAGCAGAAGGAUCCUCUGUACCUGCGGGAUAAACUCUCACAGAAACAUUCCAAGGAGCAGUACGAGGCGGCUCAGAAAGUGGAGCAGGAGUACAGCCGCUUCUUCACAGGCGUUGUCCAAGGCGGCAGCGUCUCCUACAUUUGCACUCAGAUCAUGACCAUCGUGGAGCAGGAGCAGAGCAAAGUUCUGUGGAUUCCGGACGGAGCAGCGUAGAGAUCUCUCACCUCACUCACCUCACUCUCACCUCGCAUCACACGCCUCUCUGAAACGUCGCAGAGGAUGUGAUUUUUUUAUUUUUUUUAUUUUGGGAAACACAGAGAAACGGUACAUCUAACAGACAUCACAGUUAACGCCAAUGCUUUCUCACAUUUAGAAAUAUUCAGCACUGAUGAAGAGGAUCAUGAAUUAAUCCCACUACAACAGUGAUGUCCUGUACAGAUAGAUUUGUUUACACUAGUAUUUCAUACUUGAAGGUUUUCCUAGUAUGUAGAAGCACUCCUUUAAUCCCGCUCUGCCCUGUGAACACGUCGGACCACAUGAAGUCUGCAUCUACGUUAUAUGAAGACUUUAUUUUUAAAGUGAUGGUAAAAGUGGACCACCUCUUUAUAUUUAUACCUAUUUCCUGCCAUUUAAUUUAUCUAAUCAAUCAAAGAUGUUGCUUAUAAAACUUUGAUAUACAAAUGUAGCUCUGUAGUUAACAGGUAGGAUGAUAUUUCAGAUAAUGGUCUUAUUUAUAGAGGAGUAAUUGGGACAAAUAUUCUUCCUCUUCACAUAAUGUUGUAGUUUCCUGUUCUAUCUUGACCUCAUUUCAGCCCUCAGUACGAGAUUGUGCCAAUUAUAACUCUCCAUUAUUGGAUGCAUUAACACUAAAAGUCUAAUCAAACAGUAGGUAUGUUCGUUUGUCCCAGGUUGUGUGUUCUACAGUUUUGCCAAAACUGCCAAAAGAAGGGAUAUUUUUAUUUCUGGUUCAUGGUUCAACUAAACACAUACACAUCUGCUGUAGAUCAUGUUGUCAACAUUUCAUGUCGCAGUUUGGAUCAAAUACUUUGAGGCAGGUUUUCUCCUAAUGAAGGUUAAUAUUUCUAUAAAAUAUUAAAAACAAAACUGUUAUUGUAAUACAA